GGGCCGGGCCGUGUAGUAGCUCCAGGGGCCGGGCCGUGUAGUAGCUCCAGGGGCCGGGCCGUGUAGUAGCUCCAGGGGCCGGGCCGUGUAGUAGCUCCAGGGGCCGGGCCGUGUAGUAGCUCCAGGGGCCGGGUGUAGUAGCUCCAGGGGCCGGGCCGUGUAGUAGCUCCAGGGGCCGGGUUGCGGUGCGAUGCCGCUGGGCCGCUGGAGGAAGGCGACGCCGCUGAUGGAGCAGGACGAGGCCGAGGCCGAGGCCCGGGAGCGGUGUCUGGAGGCGGAGAGGCCGCGGGCGGGAGUGGGGGGCAGCGGGCCUACUCUAGCCCCCGGGCCACGGGCUCUCCGGCCCCGCCUCGCCUUCCACACACAGCUGGCCCACGGCAGCGCCACCGGCCGUGUGGAGGGGUUCACCAACGUCAGGGAGUUGUACAACAAACUGGGCCUAGCGCUGGGGCUGGAGCCUGCCGAGAUCAUAUUUUGCACUCUGAACACCCAUAAAGUGGACAUGGACAAACUGCUGGGCGGUCAGAUCGGCCUGGAGGAUUUCAUCUUUGCCCACGUCAAAGGGCAGAAGAAAGAGGUGGAGAUCGUUAAAUCGGAAGAUGCUUUAGGACUGACCAUCACUGACAAUGGUGCGGGCUAUGCCUUCAUAAAGAGAAUCAAGGAAGGCAGUCUCAUUGAUCGGAUACAGGCCGUCAAGGUGGGGGAUCUGAUCGAGACCAUCAACGGCAAGAAUGUCAUUGGAUCCCGCCACUUCGAGGUCGCCAAGUUGCUGAAGGGUCUCGUGAAGGGGCAGUUGUUCACUCUGCGGCUCGUCGAGCCCCUGAAGGCUUUCGACAUGAUAAGCCAGCGUUCCAAAGUGGGCAAGUCUGCAUCAAGCGGGCAGAUGGGCACUGGAAAAGGCACACUACGGCUAAGGGCGAAGGGCAUUGCCACCGUGGAGGACGAGCCAUCAGCGUUCGAAGAGAAGGCCAUUGAGAAAGUGGAUGAUCUGUUGGAAAAUUACAUGGGAAUCAGAGAUACUGAACUAGGACAAGGAAGAGGCUGCUACAAACUUCCAAAGGAAUUCGACACUUUGAACCGGACUCAUACUCCUCCGAUCACUUGGUAAGUGCGAAUUAAUAACAGUCGCACAGCAUGGAAACAGGCCCUUCGGCCCGGCAUGUCCAUUCUAACCCAUUUAUACCCAUCCCAUUGCCAGCAAUUGACAGUAUGGCCUGAUGGUCUAAGUGCUUGUAUAGAUAAGAGUCAUAGAGUCAUGCAGCAUGGAAGCAGGCCCUUCAGCCCAACUCACCCACACUGAUCAACAUGGACCAUCGAAGCCAUUUGCUUGCAUUUGGCCCGUAUCCUUCUAAACCUUUCUAAACUCUCUAAACCAGUCGCACCCCUCUUCUCCCCUCUCCCAAGGACAAAUGUGUGAAAACGCACACCUCCAGAUUCAGGGACAAUUUCUUCCCAGCUGUGGAAACGACACAGGACCAGGAUAUAAUUAAUUGGCUUAUUAUUUUCAUGUGUACCAAGAUAAGGCGACAAGCUUUGUGAGCGUGCUAUCCAGUCAAAUUAUGCUGUACAUGCAUACAUUCAAAUCACACACAAACCACCUGCUGAAGUACAACAGGUACGUUGACAGGUACACAAAGAGAAAUAUAUCAGAAUGCAAAAUUACAGCGUUAUAGCAAUACAGUUAGAGAGAGAAAAGUGCAAAGUCCGCAAUGAGGUUGGUUGGAAGAUCAGACCACACCCUAGUUUAUGCCAGAAGUUUUAUGAUAGCAGGGAAAGAGCUGUUCCUGAAUGUGGUUGUACUUGCCUUUGUACCUUCUGCCCAACAGGAGAGAGAAGAGAGAGUGGCUAGAUAUAUUUCUAGGUUUAAGUUUGUUGUUGGAACGUAUGCUGAGGUAAAGUAACAUGCUUUGUAACUGAAUCAGACCAGAUAAUACUAGACAUAAACACAAUCAAGUCAAACUCAUGUACAAUAAGUAGUGUAAAGGGGAAGGUACAGUGUGCAGAAUAUUGUUUUGAAAGGAGUCGUAUUCUUUCAGGUAGAGACAAAAUGCUGGAGUUACUCAGCGGGACAAGCAGCAUCUCUGGAGAGAAGGAAUAGGUGACGUUUGGAUAGCCUUGUGGUGUUAUUGGUUGAUAUUCAUUUUUACAAAGGUGCAAACCUACUUGGAAUGAGAGGAUUUAAUAUGUUGGGAUUAGAAAGCAAAAAUCUGAACACUUACAGCGGCAGUCAGAAGUGAAAAUAAACCAAAGAUCUUUGAGCAUUAAUGAUAUGGAACUAACCACAGACAACUAUAUUUGGAUCUUUUGCAAUUAAUUAUGGUUAUUGCCUAUGGUCCCAGUCCUUGCCAUGGUAGUAUUUCAUUUCAGUCUAAUUAAAUGGUGGCACGGUGGUGCAGCGGUAGAGUUGCUGCCUCACAGCGCCAGA